UCUUGUUUUUAGGCCCUUGAGAUGUUAACAUCAAUGGCGGCCUAUAUUAUUUUCCACUAACCACAUAUAAACUUUCUUUAUUCAUUAUCAUUAAUUAUUAUUUAAAGCUAAAAAAAUAUUCCUUUUGUUACUGUUUCCAGAAUCAUGAUUAAUCAUCACAACCAAAUGAAAUACAAAAGCAAUAUGUAUCUACUGAUUAUCCUGCACCACAUGUGAUUGGUUGUUUCAGCCCCUGAUUUUCUGGUGUUCUUUUUUUUCCAUUAUCUUGAAAAAUAAAAAUUCAAUCUUUACUUUGUUCAGUUGCUCAUGAUUAAUCUUCAAGACUGAUUUUUUUUCAUUGGGAAGUGGUGUAUUAGCUCAAGAAGAUCUAUUUCUUUAAUGGGUUUUUUGGAUUAAGAUUAUCCGAUUAAAAUUUUGUGGGUUUUGUAGAUUUUUGUUCAUAGGUAAAUUCAUUUUUUAGGGUUUCUAUUGUACUGUGCCAUAAUCAAGAUUUCCAGGUACUUAUCCCUUUUGUCGGUUUAAUAUCUUAGAAAUUAGGUUCUUGUUGUAAUUGCAAUCUUGAAUCUAGCAAAUCGUGUUUAAUUCGAUUUAUUGCUGUCUGAUUUCUUGAGAUUGUAGUUUUUGAUAAUGGCGAAGAAUAUUUAGAUAUAGAGUUCUUGAACACCUCAAGAAGAGUGUGUGUGUGUGUGUGUGUGUGUGUGCUUGUUUAGAAUCUGUGUAAAAUUUCUGUGGGAUUAUGGAGAAGCAAUAUAGUUUUCGAAAUCCGACAAUCGAAAAACAGCAGAGUUUUCGUAAUGGGGGAAUCGAAAAGCAGAAAAGCUUUAGGGGUUUAAUGGAGAAGCAGAAAAGCUUUAGGAUAGCAUUAGAGAGACAGCUCACAUUUGGUGGAGGAGAUAGAAAAAAGAGCAAAGAUUCACCCGGUAAGAGAGGCGAUUCGCCGCUCCACCUCGCCGCUCGGGCGGGCAAUUUAGGAAAGGCGAAAGAAAUUAUUCAAAAAAUCGAAAACGGUGCAAUAGAUUUGCUCUCAAAGCAGAAUCAAGAAGGCGAAACUCCGUUGUACGCCGCUGCAGAAAACGGGCAUACUUUAGUGGUGGAAGAAUUCUUGAAGCAUUCAGAUGUCGAGACUUGUUCGAUCCCAGCCAAUAAUGGCUUCGACCCGUUUCACGUUGCUGCAAAACAGGGCCAUCUUGAUGUGUUGAAGGAGCUUCUGCGUUUUUUCCCGAGCCUAGUUAUGACAACAGACACCGCAAAUUCGACCGCCUUACACACAGCAGCUGCUCAGGGUCACGUAGAUGUAGUGAAUCUGCUUUUAGAAACUGAUUCGAAUUUGGCUAAGAUUGCUCGAAACAAUGGCAAGACUGUGCUUCACACAGCAGCAAGAAUGGGACAUUUGGAGGUGGUGAAAUCCCUUUUGGAGAAUGAUUCGAGCAUUGGAUUUAAAACCGAUCGAAAAGGUCAAACGGCUCUGCACAUGGCAGUUAAGGGGCAAAAUGCGGAGAUUGUGAAAGAGCUUAUAAAACCGGACCCGUCACUUUUGAGCUUCGGAGAUAACAAGGGGAAUACGUCUCUCCAUAUUGCCACGAGAAAGGGACGAAUUCAGAUUGUGCAGUGCUUGAUAUCCACCGAGGGUAUAGAUGUAAAUACGCCCAACAGUGCCGGAGAAACUCCACUAGAUCUCGCUGACAAAUUCGGAACUCCAGAAUUAGUAGCUACCCUAAAAGAAGUGGGGGCCACCCAUUCGAAAGAUUUUGGAAAACCGCAAAACGCAGCUAAGCAGCUAAAGCAAACAGUUAGUGACAUAAAGCACGACGUUCAAUCACAGCUCCAACAAACGCGUCAAACCGGUUUUAGGGUUAGAAAAAUCGCUAAAAAAGUGAAGAAGCUUCAUAUCGAAGGUCUAAACAACGCAAUCAACUCCGCCACUGUGGUGGCGGUUCUUAUAGCCACCGUUGCCUUUGCCGCCAUCUUCACCGUUCCUGGCCAGUACGUUGAAGAGAAGACAAACGGGUUUUCGCUCGGAGAAGCUCAUAUAGCGAAUAAUGCAGCUUUUAUUAUAUUCAUUUUAUUCGACAGCGUGGCGUUGUUUAUCUCUUUAGCUGUGGUGGUGGUGCAGACGUCUCUUGUAGUGAUCGAGCAGAAGGCGAAGCAGCAGCUUAUGUUUGUGAUAAACAAGCUCAUGUGGUGCGCUUGUCUCUUUAUCUCGAUUGCUUUUAUAUCGCUGACCUAUAUUGUGGUCGGGGUCCACGAGAGGUGGCUUGCUAUAUACGCUACCGUGAUUGGAGGUGUGAUAAUGACUACCACGAUUGGUUCGAUGUGCUACUGUGUGGUUAGGCAUAGGAUGGAGGAUUCAAGGAUGAGGAAUAUUCGGAGAGGUGGGACCCGCGAACGUUCUUCGUUUUCGCUGUCUGUGGCUUCCGAUUCGGAGAUGUACAGUGAAAGGUACAAGAGGAUGUAUGCUGUGUAAUAAAUAUUAAAUAACCUUGUUUUUUCGCGCUUGUUCGAAGCAAUUAUGUUGUCGUAUUACUUCCACGCGGUUUAUAUAUGUGAUGUGUAAUACAUCUCUUGACAGAAAAA